GAGUACAAUCUAGCAUCCAGUUCCGUUCGUGGCAAAGACGUCUAUUUACCUUAGCUAGCUGGCUAGCUAACAACAGCAGCCAGCUGAGUUGAAUCCCUCACAACAUGUUUCGAUUCCUGAAUGACGUCGAUGACGACCCCUUCAUGAUGGAUCCAUUCGCAGCUCAAAGGCAGCAGAUGAGGAGUAUGUUUGGACCUUUUGCCAUGGACCCUUUUGCACUUGCUCCACAGAUACAGCCACAUCGUGCACCACGGCGACAGGCUGGUGCACUGACCCCCUUUGGAAUGAUGGGAAUGGGUGGUGGCUUCAUGGACAUGUUUGGCAUGAUGGGGGAAAUGAUGGGGAAUGUGGAAAGGAUGUCCAGUUCGCCCAACUGUCAGACGUUCUCCUCUUCCACGGUGAUCUCCUACUCGUCAUUAGAUUCUGGGGCUCCUUCAGUGUACCAGCAAACCAGUGCAACAAGAACAGGCCCUGGAGGGAUCCGCGAGACGCACCAGUCGAUGCGAGACAGCGAUAGCGGCCUGGAGCGCCUCGCCAUCGGCCACCACAUUGGCGAGCGCGCGCAUAUCAUGGAGCGCUCACGGAACCGCCGCACCGGAGACCGCGAAGACCGCCAGGACUUCAUUAACCUGGAGGAGAGUGAGGCUGAAGCCUUUGACGUGGAGUGGAGGGGUCAGGCAGGACGGUACGCUCCGCCAAAUGCCCGGGGGAUCGACUACGGCCGUGACCGACGGGCAGGGGGCCAACAGCUGGCUCUCACCGCCCCGCCAAGCUCCACAACCCCGCCGGGCCAUCGGCACGAGUCCCCCCGACACCACCCGCCGCCCCAGCCCCGUCCACGCUACGACUGGUGAAAAGUAGUAGGAGUCCCACCUGUAAAGAUGAGCCUAAGGGGGUCGGAGGCGAGUGGAAGGAACACUCCACGGAUGCUGUGAACCAUGUUGGGGAUCCUUCCAUCUUCCUCACUAAUGUUUGAUUUGACCGGACUGUCGAUACAUAAACAUACCCAACAAAGAAACAACCCUCUAUACAAAAACACCCACCCACCUACACACACAUAAAACAUAGAUAGUCCUAGAGUUGAUCCUCUGCGGCGCACUUACACACUUGUACAAACGCCCCCCCUCGCUUUACUUAAUUCUUUCCCCAAAAGUUUGAUGUGUGUUGUUUUUGCCCACUAAAGUGCUCAAAGUAUGCAGUGCAUCUGCUGUACAGUCUGUUUUAUGUUUUGUGGAGGCACACGUGUGUGUCUGUGAAUUGAACUGUAUACUGUUGACUAAUGGAACAAGCUAGAUUAAAGUUAAUUGAUAGAUAA